CGUAUAUUCGCUGUUCUUCCUCUCUCUCUCUCUCUCUCUUCUCGCCUAUUCCCUCGAUCUCUACUCCAAUAGCCCACAAAACCCUUCCUUUUCUUCUAUAUUCUGUUGAUCAAUCUAUUCAUUCCUCGUAUUCGAUCGAAAGGCGCUGUUUUUCUUGACGUUAUUGGAGUCAUUUUGGUGGAGAUUUGGCGUUCCUACGGCGAUCCGGCGGUUCCUCAGUGCUCCGACCUUGUGAUUUGACUCCUGUUGGCGAUUCCAGGGUUUGGGCUCCUAGGCGGUUGCGUCGGCGGCGGGGAUGCCGGCGAGGAUGAUGCGGUGGCGGCCGUGGCCGCCGCUGUCGUCGAAGAAGUUUCAGGUGCGGCUGGUGGUGAGGAGGGUUGAAGGGGUGAGAGCUGGGGAUGAGGCGGCGGCUGUUGCGGAACUGAGGAAGGUGGCUGUGGAGGUGAGGUGGAAGGGCCCGAAAGUGGCGCUGAGCUCGCUGAGGAGGACGGUGAAGAGGAACCGGACGAGGGAGGAGGAGGUUGGCGAUGGGGGUGUGGUAGAGUGGAAUGAGGAAUUUGAGACCGUCUGUACCCUGACCGCGCACAAGGACAGCGGGUUCCAUCCGUGGGAGAUCGCGUUUAACGUGUUCAAUGGCUUGCACCAUGGUACCAAGAACAAGGAAUCGGUUCUUGGAAUGGGUUCAUUGAACAUAGCUGAAUUGACUUCCACUGCUGAACAAGAGAUUGAGCUCAACCUUCCUUUGUCACUUCCUGGAGCCACUGACUCUCAUGCUUCACUCCAUCUGGCUCUCAGUAUAUUGGAACUGAGAAGUUCCCAAGAUUCUUCUGAUAUGGUACAGAGGCCAUUGUCACCUCCCUCUGGAGAUGUUCUUCCUUCUGAGAAAGAUGAGCUGUCUGCACUUAAAGCUGGAUUGAGAAAGGUGAAAAUUUUGACAGAGCUUGUGUCCACUCGGAAGUCUAAAAAGACAUGUCAAGAUGAUGAUCAUAGCGAGGGGAAGUGCUCUGCUAGGAGUGACGAUGCAGAAUACAUCUAUCCAUUUGAUACAGACUCCCCUGAUGAUGAUCUCGACGAGGUAGACGACAGCAAAGAGGAUACUAAUGUUAGGAAGUCAUUCAGUUAUGGUACAUUAGCAUCUGUUAACAAUAUUGGCUAUGAGAUGAUAGAUGGAGUUUACGAGGAUUGGGUCUACUACAAUCAUCGAAGAUCAGAUGUAGGUUGUUCACAUAUGGAGGAUACAGUUUUAUCUGUUCCUGAACUUUCUGUGUCAAAAAGGAGUAUCCUUCCUUGGAAAAAGAGAAAGUUGAGUUUUAAAUCUCCUAAGCCCAAAGGAGAACCAUUGCUAAAGAAAGCCUAUGAAGAGGGAGGCGAUGACAUUGACUAUGACCGACGGCUGCUGAGUUCCUCUGAUGAAUCUCUCUUUGCAGGCGGGCACAAAGGGGACCAUGAUGGCGCUGUGAACCGAUCAUCAGUGUCUGAUUUUGGAGAUGACUACUUUGUCGUAGGCAACUGGGAAUCAAAGGAGCUAGUGAACCGUGAUGGGCACAUGAAGCUUGUCACUCAAGUCUUCUUUGCAUCCAUUGAUCAGCGGAGCGAGCGAGCCUCUGGUGAGAGUGCAUGCACGGCUCUUGUUGCUGUCAUUGCUGACUGGUUUCAGAGGUACCAGGACAUGAUGCCUGUCAAAUCCCAGUUUGAUGACCUCAUCCGAGAAGGCUCUCUUGAGUGGAGAAACCUUUGUGAGAACCAGGCAUAUCGAGAACGUUUCCCUGACAAGCACUUUGACCUUGAGACAGUUAUUCUAGCUAAGAUUCGACCAAUUUCUGUUGUUCCACGGAAAUCUUUCGUUGGAUUCUUUCAUCCUGAGGGCACUGACAGCAACAGUGGCCUUGACUUCUUACAUGGAGCUAUGUCCUUUGACAGCAUCUGGGAUGAGAUCAGCCGGAUUGGGUCAGAGCACCCAGGUGAUGGAAGGCCUCAGCUAUAUAUAGUAAGUUGGAAUGACCACUUCUUUGUCCUCAAGGUUGAACAUGAUGCUUACUAUAUAAUAGACACACUUGGUGAGCGGCUCUACGAGGGGUGCCAGCAGGCGUACGUCCUAAAGUUUGACGAUAGCACAUCCAUUCAUAAGGUUCCUAGUGAGAGCAAGGUUGUCGACGGUGAGGCCACAGCAGCAGGAAAUGGGGUUGCCGAGAGCUUUCAUCAGGAAAAGGGAAACAUUGCCGUAGAGGGGGAUCUUGUGUGCAGGGGGAAGGAGUCAUGCAAGGAGUACAUCAAGAGCUUCUUAGCAGCGAUUCCAAUCAGGGAACUGCAAGAUGAUAUCAAGAAAGGACGGAUGUCUUCGACUCCCUUGCAUCACCGCCUUCAGAUUGAGUUCCAUUACACGGAAUCGUCCAAUGAGCUCAGUUUAGCUACUCUAUCCUCAGCAGCAGAUGCUGUUCCUGACUUGUCAUGGCCAGUCGAACUGGCAGGAGCGAUUGCACCAGUACCUGCAGUUCUGGUUGUCUAGAAUUUGUGACAUGAUGGCUGGUUGUCCUUUUCACUGUUCUUGUCGUGUCUCAGUAUUAGGUAAAUCCGCUUAUCUGAGUUCGAUGGGUGAAGACAAAUAGAAAGCCCGUCUCCGUUUCUUUUUUCUCUAAUCUCUACUAACUAUGGGGACUAUGUUGUGUCUGCUUCCGGCCCUAUUCUGUGGAGAUGCUUGCCUUGUAUGUAAUUAAUCUGACAAUAUGCUAACUGUAGCAACAAGUACCUAAUGAAUGGUAAUAAUUCAACUAUCUUUCAGCUUCCA